AUGGCGGGCGGUCAUGAUGGGACCGAGGCCAACGGCACACCAGAGCCAGAAAAAGGCUAUGCGACUUUAAACACUUUACGCAUUGGCACCAGAGCAAUGGUGGAAAAAAAUGGCGAGCCUCGAAAAGCAGAAAUUCUAUCAAUUAAACAAAGAAAUGGUGCCAUGACCUUCUAUGUCCACUAUGUCGAGUUCAACAAACGUCUCGACGAAUGGGUCAACGCCGACCGAAUCGACCUGGACCAGCAAGUGGAAUGGCCGGCACCUGAAAAGCCCGAAAAGAAGAAAACGACAGUCACCACGAAGGUGCCCCCGUCAAAAGCAGCAGCCGCAAUCCUCAACAAGAGUGGUCGGCCACGCUCAGAGUCCCGUGCUGGGACCGUGACACCUGAUCUACUUGGUGCCAAAGCUGGCAAUGACAGGAAACGACCUGCCCCGUCGAAAGCCGGGGGCAAAGAGAAUAACGAGGAUGGACUCACGCCUGAGCUCGACCCCGUGAUCGGCAGUGCGGGCACGCCAUUGCCCGAGCUCAGUCAAGAAGACACUGGCGAUGUGGACAUGCCCGACAUCGAAGUGACCAAGAAGACCGAGAAAGAGCCCCAAAUCCUAGAACCGGAAGAGGAGAUCGAGAAACUCCGGACUGGCGGCUCGAUGGUGCAGAACCAUGCCCAACUACAUUUAGUCCGCAACCUCGAAAAGAUACAAAUGGGCAAACACAUCAUCGAGAUUGAGUUCUCCGACGUCGACCUGGUCUACAUUGACGAAUUCUGCCUAUCGUACUUCUCCUCCAAGAAAUCCUUCGAACGCCACCGCUCAAAAUGCGAACUCAGGCACCCGCCCGGAAACGAGAUAUACCGCGACGACUUCAUCUCCUUCUUCGAGGUUGACGGCCGGCGCCAGCGCACAUGGUGCCGGAACUUGUGCCUUCUCAGCAAGCUCUUCCUCGAUCACAAAACCCUUUACUACGACGUCGAUCCCUUCCUCUUCUACUGCAUGGUCACCCGCGACGCCCACGGUUGCCACCUCAUCGGCUACUUCAGCAAAGAGAAGGAAUCAGCCGAGGGCUACAACGUCGCCUGCAUCCUCACUCUUCCACAAUACCAACGACAAGGUCUCGGCCGCCUGCUUAUCGCUUUCAGCUACGAACUCUCGAAACGCGAAGGCAAACUCGGCUCCCCAGAAAAACCGCUCUCCGACCUUGGUCUCCUCGGGUACCGCCAAUACUGGAAGGAAACCCUCAUUGCCCUGCUCUCCGACCCAUCCCGCUUGCCCCCACCCGGGUCCGCAACGCACACGCCCGCCUCCGAAGAUGCCUUCUCCGCCCGCCCCGCGGGCCCGCAUUCGACCUCGAUCGCCGAGAUCGCGAGUCUGACGGCAAUGACGGAGAAGGACGUGCACGAGCAGCUAGAGGUGCUAAAGCUGUUGCGGUACAACAAGGGGAGCUGGAUUAUUGUCAUGCGAGAGGAGUUGUUGGAGUGGCAGGAGAAGAGAAGGGAAAAGGAGAAGGCGAGAGGGGAGAGGAAUAAGAGGUGGAUUGACGCGAGCAAGUUGAUGUGGAAGCCGCCUGUUUUCACGGCGAGUUCGAGGACGUGGAACUGGUAG